AUGGCUGACGAAGCUAAAGCCAAAGGAAACGCCGCUUUCUCUUCCGGCGACUUCACCUCCGCGAUUCUCCACUUCACCGAAGCAAUCGACCUCGCUCCAACCAACCACGUCCUCUUCUCCAACCGUUCCGCUGCUCACGCCUCGCUCCACCACUACGCCGAUGCUCUCUCCGACGCGGAGAAGACCGUCGAGCUCAAACCCGAUUGGCCCAAGGGUUACAGCCGUCUCGGAGCUGCUCACCUGGGUUUAAACCAGUUCCAGGAAGCCGUCGCGGCUUACAACAAGGGGCUAGAGAUCGAUCCGAGCAACGACGCGUUGAAAUCGGGAUUAGCCGAUGCUCAGUCGUCUGCUUCUAGGUCACGAGCUUCUCCUUCUUCGUCGCCGAAUCCUUUCGGUGAGGCUUUCAAGGGGCCGGAGAUGUGGACGAAGCUCACCGCCGAUCCUUCGACGAGAGGCUUUCUGCAACAGCCUGAUUACGUCAGCAUGAUGAAGGAGAUCCAGAGGAACCCUAGCAAUCUCAAUUUGUACUUGAAAGACCAGAGAGUGAUGCAAUCGCUUGGAGUUUUAUUGAAUAUCAACUUCAGACCUCCUCCAGGAGACGAGGCUGAGAUUCCUGAGUCCGAUAUGGGUCAGGCUCCUGAGGUUGUUGAGAGGAAACGAGAACCGGAGCCGGAACCAGAGCCGGAGUUUACUGAGGAGAAAGAGAAGAAAGAGAGGAAGGAGAAAGCUAUAAAGGAGAAGGAGAUGGGCACUGCUGCGUACAAGAAGAGGGACUUUGAUACUGCAAUCCAGCAUUACUCUACAGCAAUGGAGAUUGAUGACGAAGACAUCUCAUACAUCACGAAUCGUGCCGCUGUUUAUCUGGAAACAGGAAAGUACAAUGAGUGUAUUGAGGAUUGUGAGAAGGCAGUGGAGAGAGGUAGAGAGCUUAGAUCAGAUUACAAGAUGGUAGCUAAAGCUUUGACUAGGAAAGGGACUGCUUUGACUAAGAUGGCGAGAUGCUCUAAAGACUACGAACCUGCGAUUGAAGCUUUCCAGAAAGCUCUUACAGAGCACCGCAACCCUGAGACGUUGAAGAAGCUGAACGAGGCGGAGAGAGCGAAGAGAGAGUGGGAGCAGAAGGAGUAUUUCGACCCUAAGUUAGGAGAUGAAGAGCGUGAAAAAGGUAAUGAGUUCUUCAAGGAGCAGAAGUAUCCUGAUGCUAUAAAACAUUACACUGAAGCAAUCAAAAGGAAUCAGAAAGAUCCGAAAGCGUAUAGCAAUAGAGCUGCGUGCUACACUAAGCUUGGUGCGAUGCCUGAAGGACUAAAGGAUGCAGAGAAGUGUAUUGAGCUGGAUCCAACCUUCUCCAAAGGAUACAGCAGGAAAGCUGCAGUGCAAUUCUUCAUGAAGGAGUAUGACAAUGCGAUGGAAACGUAUCAAGAGGGUCUCAAGCAUGAUCCGAACAAUCAGGAACUUCUUGACGGUGUUAGAAGAUGUGUACAACAAAUCAACAAGGCUAAUCGUGGGGACCUUACUCCUGAGGAAUUGAAAGAGAGACAGGCAAAGGGAAUGCAAGAUCCAGAAAUCCAAAACAUUCUCACAGAUCCUGUGAUGAGACAGGUACUUAGCGAUCUUCAGGAGAAUCCGAGCGCAGCGCAGAAACACAUGCAAAACCCAAUGAUUAUGAACAAGAUUCAAAAGCUUAUUAGCGCCGGGAUCGUUCAGAUGAAAUAA